AUGAAUAAUUUCUUCGUCUUUUAUAACGCUUUAUGUCGUGCGUUCGAUCGAGAAAAUGUGGCCAUGCCUCCGUCGCUAAUAAAUAUUUUGAAGCCGGCGGAUAUUGUUCAACCGCCUCCCUAUGAUAGCAAUCAAAGCAAUGUCGACAUUGACUCCGAUUCGGACGAAGAAAAGGAGGACGCUGAUGUUGGAAAUUUCAGUGACGAAUAUGAUUUUGAUGAAACAUAUCUUAAACCACCUCCGCCAACGACGACAACAUCACAACAACAGGAAAAUCCACUCGAUCUGGACGACGACAUAAAACGUCGACAUGAUAUUUACCGUGAUUUAUAUUGUUUGAUCUUCGGUAUACGAAAACAACGAAAUGGAACAAGCAAAACAACCGAGACGUACGUGUGGCCGCCGUUAAUCAAACAAAUAAUCCGAUGUCGACAUCCAUCUGAUGUCAAAAAUUAUGAAUGUUACCAAACACCAGACAUUAUUUUUACUGUACAAAGUUUUAUUGGUGUUUUUCGUGUGUAA